AUGUCAGACGCUGUCACGCGUUUGCUCGUUGAGACCGGACUUCGAGCGAAGAUGGCAAGCCCUCCCACGCGCUUCCUCGUGUCGCUCGACGCCUACAUCACGCCGCCCGGCUGCCUCGACAGCGGCCGGCGCGACGGCUCAGUGCGACUCGUCGUCUUCAAACGGGCGAGGACCGGGUCCACCUGGCUUCGCAAGGAGCUCCAGUCCGUGCCCGGCGUCCAGCUCGAGUUCGAGCCGUUCACCGACGGCCGGCCGGCGCAGCACUGUCCGCCUGCGUUCUUCACUGCGGCGCUGACGAUGGCCACUCACCGGCGGCUCCGCUGCGUCGCUGCGAGGGACCGUGAGCGGAGCUGCUACUGGCGGCGACACUGCAACGCGAGUCUGCUGCCGCCGUGGCGAGGCCGCGAGCGGCCACUCGUCGCGGGCGUCGUGCUCAACCCAGCCUACGCGCCGGGCGCAGACUGGGACGCCAUCGCGAGAGGCGCGACGAUCGGCGGCCCUCCGCUGCGCACGGUUUGGCUCUGCCGCACAAACCUGAUCAAGAUGGCGAUGAGCGACCUCCGCCGCCUCGCCAAGCGGCGGCUGCGCGCCGCCACCGCGUCCGGCCCGCCCCUCGACUCGCCGGCCGCCUCCUCCUCGCUAGACUCCUCCUCGCUCCUCAACGGAACUGUGGCACCUGCUGCUUUGCUCGCCAAGGCCGCCGAGGCGCUCUCGCGGCAGACGGUGCUUCACGGCCCGUGGGCGUCGCUCGGCGCGGGCGGGAGGCCGAGCGGGAUGGUGCUGCUCUACGAGGACCUGCAGCGGCAGCGGCUCCUCGCGCUCCGGUCCGUGUUGACCUACCUCGGCGUCGCCUCCGAGCCGGGCCCUGCCCGCGAGCUGGAGCGGCAGGCGGCGCUGGAGGCGCGCGCGGCCGAGGACGCGGCGACCGCCACUAAUUGA